CAUUAUCACCUACUUGCCAAGCGGAAUAGCUUCACCCGUGAAUACACCAAGAUGAGAUUGUCCGGACUACAGAAGGAGGUCCUCGCACUCUAUCGACGAUGUCUCCGCGAAGCCGCAAAAAAGCCGAUUGAGAGUCGAGAUAACUUCAAAGCUUUCGCUAGAUCCGAGUUUCGACGUAACACAGCCAUGGACAAGAGGGAUUUUGGCGCAAUCGAAUAUCUCUUGCGCAAGGGCGAGCGACAAUUGGAAAUGUAUGCCUCGCCGGGGAUCACAAAUAUCAGCCGUUGAAGACGCGUCAUAACUCCAAGAUAUGAUUGCUGCCUUCUACCGUACACUGGCUGUGUUUCUUUGUCGCCUUGAAGCCAGGCCACAGAGCUCUUUCCAGAGUCUUCGGUCAAAGUUCGGGAGAAAGAUAAGUUUCCGGUUUGGGAAGGGUCGGCUUCAGCGGGCCAAUCAGCGCUCGUAGAAAGUGCCAGAAGGUACUAGCUCGACGCCCGUUACCGCAGUCACGAUACCCCAGAUUGUUACGGGAAACGACCUCAAGCUUCCAGGGCAUGCUAGAAGCUAUCGGGCCGCCCGGGCAGAUUCUCGUCACCAGGACAUUAUCACAUACCCUUUUGCCUAGCAUCUUCCAGAAUGUCAAGCAAAAAAAAAAAUUGUGUAUAUAUACGGAGCUUCAACCUGACAGACCAGAC